AUGACAUCAUCUGAAACACCCUCAUCACAACCACCAUCACAAGAAGCCUCUUCAGCUCAAAGUCUAGUUCAAACUAAUGUUAGAGGAAAGAAUGAUAUAGCUUGGGCACAUUGUACUAAAAGUCCUGAUGGAAAAUCUUUUGUUUUUAUAUAUCGUCACAAAGCUUUUGAUGGAGGUGGAAUUCAUAGGGUAAAGCAACACUUGGCUGGAAUAAUAGGAAAUGUUGAAAUUUGUAAGUCAGCGCCUGCAGAAAUUCGUUUUCAAAUGAAACAACAUUUCAAUGAGUGGAGUAAGAAAAGAAAAAAUUCAGAUAUGGCUGAAAGCGAGUCAUUUACUACCGAGGGGGAUGAAUUGCAAGUACAAACGAACCCGCGAAUUGGUGCAUCUAAAAAGAAUGACGCUCGAAUUGGUACUUAUUUUUUACCCAGAACAACUCCGGGAGCUCAGCCUACUUUGAAAAGAGUGAUGCAAAUUGAUGCUCUUUAUUGUAUGGGUGCUGAAUAUAAGGUUCCUACUAUGCAUGCCCUUCGUGGUAAUUUGUUAAAUAAGUGGGUUGAUGACGUGAAGAUACAGAUAGAGCAAUAUCGUUCUAUUUGGAAGGAUACAGGUUGUACUCUUAUGGCAGAUGGGUGGACUGAUCGUUGUAGAAGAACUCUUAUCAACUUUUUAGUUUAUUGCCCCAAAGGAACUGUUUUCAUAAAGUCUGUUGAUGCCUCUGGUGCUUCUAAAACUGCAAAAACAUUGUUUAAGCUUUUCAAGGAAGUAGUGUUGUAUGUUGGCCAGGAAAAUGUUGUUCAAGUCGUUACAGAUAAUGCUGCGAAUUAUGUUGCUGCUGGAAAGUUGUUGGAAAGGGAGUUUCCUAAGUUGUUUUGGUCUCCUUGUGCAGCACACUGUUUUAAUUUGAUGUUGCAAGACAUGGGGAAAUUAGAGGAAGUAAGUGAGACAGUGUCACAAGCUUCAAAAAUUACCAAAUACAUAUAUAAUCAUUGUUUUGCAUUGUAUUUGAUGAGACAACAUACAGGUGGAAGAGAAAUACUUCGUCCUGCUCCAACCCGCUUUGCUACUAAUUUCAUUGCAUUGCAAAGUAUUCUGUCUCAUAAAGAUGCACUAAGAGUCAUGGUAACAUCCAAAGAGUGGACAACCACAACUUAUUCCAAAGAUGUCAAGGCAAAGCAAUUUGUGGAACAAGUCUUAGACUCAAGCUUUUGGUCUAAAUGUGCUGACAUUGUGAAAAUUACAGAACCUCUUGUACAUGUGUUGCGUAUUGUUGAUAGUGAAGAUAAACCGGCUAUGGGAUAUCUCUCUCGAGCUAUAUUUGGUCUAGAAUAUGAAAAAAACAAGUCCACCACCCAAGGCUUUUUGGAUGUCAUUGAAAAGUAUGCUUAUGAUAGUAAGGACUUGCGAUCUAAAUUAACUGCUGAGAUGACUUCAUUCAAAAAUUGUGAAGGUAGUUUUGGAAGGACAACAGCAGUAGAAAACCGAGAUGAAGUUUUUCCAGAUCAAUGGUGGGACACUUAUGGAACCGAAGCGCCCAAUUUGCAAAAGUUGGCUAUUUGGAUUUUGAGUCAAACGUGUAGUGUAUCUGGUUGUGAACGAAAUUGGAGUGUGUUUGAACACAUUCAUUCAAAAAAGAGAAAUAAGUUGGAGCAUCAAAAGCUUAACGAUCUCGUUUAUGUUCGUUACAAUUUACGACUACAAAAUAGAACCAAGAAGAAACAAAAUUAUGAUCCUAUUAAUUUUGAAACAUUUGGUGAUCAUUCUAAUUGGGUGUUGGAGGAUUCCCCACCAUUCUUGACCAUUGAGGAGGUGGAAGCGCUACGCAAAGAUCUUGCUAAUGAAUUAAAUUUGGAUGAGGUUGAUGUUGAGGGAGAUGCACCACUUAACUCCGGAGAAAACAACCAAAGUAAUGAUAUCAUUGAUGGGGAAGAUGUUGCAAAUGCGAUUAAUUUUGUCGGAGAUGGUUUUGAUAUUGAAGGAGAUCCGAACAUUGAGAUAAUUUUACCUCCUUGGAACUAA